AUGUUGCUACGAGUUCGUGGCCCCGACGGCAUGGUCCGCCUGACCGUGGAGCCGACGACGACAUUUGGUGAAAUGGGACAGCAGCUGCUUCCCCAUCUCCCGCCCACGGUCGACCCCAAGACGAUAAGCAUGUCCAACUCCCCCAAGGGUGGCGACGCGAAGCGCCUCGGUGAUAUUGUCAAUUUCAAGAUCGGCCAGAUUGGUCUCUCCCAUGGCGACCUCAUCUUCAUCACAUACCAGCAAAAGAGCGAUGACGCAAACGGCUCGAACGGCAGCGCGCCCAUCAACACGGGCAAGCUCAACGGGAAACCCGUAAUGCCCGGCGAGGACUUUCCCGUCGACACAAAGGUCGAGAGAAUAGCCAGACCCUGGGAGGUUGUCAAGCAGUCUCCCCUCGACGACCGCCUCGACCGACAGACCGGCAAAAUUCCCCGCGGCCGCGACCACAAGAUGUGUCGCCACGGCCCCAAGGGCAUGUGCGACUACUGCCAGCCCCUCGACCCCUUCGACUCAACCUACCUCGCCGACAAGAAGAUCAAAUACCCUUCAUUCCACUCCCAUCUGCGCAAAGUCAACUCGGCCACCAACAAACCCGAGCUGGGCAGCUCCUACAUCCCGCCGCUGGCCGAGCCCUUUUACAGAGUCAAGCGUGACUGUCCUUCUGGUCAUCCGCAGUGGCCCGAGGGUGUUUGCUCAAAAUGUCAACCCAGUGCCAUCACGCUGAACCCACAACCGUUCCGUAUGGUCGACCACGUUGAAUUUUCGAGCCCGUCCAUCAUUGACGGUUUUAUCGACGCUUGGCGUAAGACGGGCUCCCAGCGACUAGGGUAUCUAUAUGGACGGUACACCGAGUAUACAGAGGUGCCUCUCGGAACAAAGGCUGUCGUGGAGGCUAUUUACGAGCCGCCACAGGUCGAUGAGAUGGACGGCGUGUCACUCAAUGCCUGGGAGAACCAAAAAGACAUUAAUUAUGUCGCCAAGCUGUGCGGCCUGGAGCCUGUGGGUGUCAUCUGGACCGAUCUACUCGAUGCCGGUCAGGGCAACGGCUCUGUAAUCUGUAAGCGACAUGCCGAUUCUUAUUUUCUCAGCUCUCUGGAGACGUGCUUUGCCGCGCGCCUGCAAGCACAGUAUCCCAAGGCGACGAAAUGGAGCGACACUGGCCGAUUUGGCUCUAGCUUUGUUACUUGCGUCGUCUCGGGUAACGAAGAUGGCGAGAUUUCCAUUUCCGCCUACCAAGCUUCCAACGACGCCGUCGAAAUGGUGCGGGCUGACAUCAUUGAGCCCUCCGCCGACCCUACGCAGAUGCUGGUACGCAGCGAAGAGGAAGAUGACGGCUCAACAAGUCGCACACGCUACAUUCCUGAAGUCUUCUUCCGCAAAGUCAAUGAAUACGGCGCCAACGUGCAAGAAAAUGCCAAGCCCGCAUUUCCCAUUGAAUAUCUCUUUGUUACUCUGACACACGGCUUCCCCGCCGACCCGAAACCAACAUUCACGCAAACAGGCUUCCCUAUAGAAAAUCGCGAAUACAUUGGCGAGAGCCAAGAGCACACGGCCGUUGCCAAGGCGCUGGGCAUGAAGCCGGGCCAGAAGACAAGCGACAACUGUCAGGAGGUCUCAAACUUUCAUCUGUUGUGCUUCCUGCAUCAAAUGGGCACCAUGUCCAAGGACGAAGAAGCCCUCCUUUGCAAAGUGGCUAGCGAGCACGAUCUUGCCGACUCGUUCCAGCUGCGCUCCACAGAGGGAUGGCAGACUCUGCAGGCCAUCCUUCAAUCGACUGGCUAA